CCAAAGCUCCAAUUUCCGGUUUCUGGCAGGACAUGUUUCAUUGUACGUACCUUGUCGAGAUGGGCUCGACUGUUGCUCGGUAGUUUGGAGUUUCUCCGUUUCUCCGGCGGAGUCGCGGGAUCUUUAGCGAAGCAUUGCGGAGAUUCUGGUUCCGGACGCGUCGCUCGUUCGUGUGUUCGGAACGCCUCGAGUUCGGCCGCGAGCUGCUCCCUGAAGCGCCCGUCAUGAACGGGUUCAGCACCGAGGAGGACAGCCACGACGCGCCGCCCGCGCCGCCCUUCUUCGGCCAGAGCUGCUGUCUGAUCGAGGACGGGGAGCGGUGCGGCCGCGCGGCGGGGAACGCGUCCUUCAGCAAGCGCAUCCAGAAGAGCAUCAGCCAGAGGAAGCUGAAGCUGGACAUCGACAAGAGCGUUCGUCAUUUAUACAUCUGUGAUUUCCACAAGAACUUCAUCCAGAGCGUUCGUAACAAACGCAAGAGGAAGACCAGCGAUGACGGAGGAGAGUCGCCCGAUCACGAUGUUGAAGUUCCAGAGGUGGAUCUGUUCCAGCUGCAGGUGAACACACUGAGACGUUAUAAGAGGCACUACAAGAUCCAGACCAGACCGGGACUCAAUAAAGCCCAGCUCGCUGAGACCGUGAGCCGUCAUUUCCGCAAUAUUCCAGUGAACGAGAAGGAGAGCGCUCACGUGCUUUAUUUAUAUGGUGAAGAGCAGUAAGAGCCGGCUGGACCAGAAGUCAGGACGGGG